GCUCGGAGGUACGCACAAUACAACCGGAGACUCGGGGAGACAAUGAACGAACGAACCGCACCACACUCCUUAAGAAAAGUCGAGGCGACAAAACCUCCGUCAUCUCUAAGCUGACAUGGCUCUUACCAGAGACAAUUGCUCUAUAACAGGUCGCGACCCUGUUUCCCUAUUUCAAUGUCUUUGCGACCGUUAGCCAGAGGAGCGUGGAGGCGCACCGCCUAUAGAAGACAAACGAACUUUGUAACCCCGAUAGCCACGCGACGGUAUUUGAAUACGGUCCCGAAAUGUCCUGAGCCGACAUGCGAUUGCGCGGAUACGCCGUCGAUGCCCUGGGGGAAGGGCAUUGAUACGAAUGCUAAUCUGAAUGGCCUCAUAGCGGCGUACGCGCAACAGGUCUUAAUAUGUACUGGCAAGGAUGAUUGGUCAUCGCGGAUAGAGGAGGAUAAUAGCGGCGAUAAUUUAGCAGCAGACUUGAAAGAACUGAUCGGUCGAGGAGGUGUUUAUAGUGAUCCCUUUCAUAAUAUCUCUAUCGUGAACACCUCUUUCCCCUCGGCGAUCUCUAGACGGCCUGAAGUGCAGACUACGUCGGUCUACCUUGUCCCUAGUUUCAAAUACAUCCCGUUCCUCCCAAGAGUGUCAUUCGAAUCCGUAGAAGCCUUGGUUAAGGGCUACCUACUCCCGGAUAAGUUACAUCCGAUGAAUGAUGGGCUAUCCCCGAUACAUAAGGACCGAUUGACGCGGAAAGAGACUUACCAGCAAUUGCUCUACGGAGUACGCGAUGUAGAAGAUGUGCUUGUAUUAAUAUGCGGGCAUGGAGAGAGGGACAAGAGAUGUGGUAUCUACGGGCCCAUCCUUCAAGAGGAAUUCGAAAGACAAUUACCUCGGACGGGAAUAGAUGUUCUUCAAGGGCCGGCACUCGACGAAAGUAUCACUGCGCCACAGCUCUCUGGCACCACAUCAGAAACACAAAUACCACGUACAGCAAGGGUUGCCCAGAUUAGCCACAUCGGUGGUCACAAGUAUGCAGGCAACGUUAUAAUCUAUAUCCCGCCAAAGUUCAAGAACAGCGCGGGUAACUCGCAUCCCUUAGCCGGCCACGGAAUCUGGUACGGCAGGGUAGACCCGAAGCAUGUGGAGGGAGUCAUUAAGGAGACCAUUCUCAAUGGAAACGUUAUCGCCGAUCACUUUAGAGGCGGAAUCAACCAACAGGGAGAGAUCCUUAGAUUAUAGAGGUUAUGUAUUUGGCCGUAUUCAGAUGCUGUGUCGAAAUGGUAGACUCCCGGUUUUGUACGAUUAUUCAUGAUCAAACUCCGACUUAUGAACAGUCGACUUGGAAUAAGGCGAAACAGGAAAAGGCUUUGAUUGGAUGGGUACAUAGAUGUCAAAUACCAAAUCCUGCUCUCUCACUU